UCGAUGCUCGUACCUCCCUCUCUUGUACACGCAACUCGAGGAAAUGGAUCGGAAAAGUGUGCUGUCUAUCGCAUUGCUCUGCAUUGUGGUCGCCGGGGUCGGAGGUCAGUCUCCGGCAGCUGCGCCGCCCAAGUCACCGGCAACACCGGCUGCUGCCACACCAGCUGCAUCACCAGCGGAAGCCCCAUCGAAAUCCAAAUCGCCAGCUCCGGCUGCUUCCCCCAAAUCGGCGUCUCCUGCUUCAUCUCCUAAACCUGCAUCGCCAGCUCCAUCUCCAUCGAAGGCUGCGGCGCCGGCUCCGGUGAGUAAAUCUCCGGCAUCGUCACCUCCGGCAGCUACUCCUGCGACCUCGACUCCUCCUGCACCGGUCCCAGUGAGCUCUCCCCCGGCUCCUGUUCCAGUCAGCUCUCCUCCUGCUCCGACGCCAACAGCUCCUCCUGUGAGCUCUCCUCCAUCACCGGCUGUGGAGGUUCCCGCGCCGGCUCCCAGCAAAUCGAAGAAGAAGAGCAAGAAGCACAAUGCACCUGCACCGUCGCCGUCAUUGAUGAGUCCUCCUGCACCGCCUACAGGAGCUCCAGGACCCAGCGAGUCUGCCAUCUCUCCUGGCCCAGCCUCUUCUGAGAACGAUGAGAGCGGAGCAGGUAGCAUCAGAUGCUUGAAGAAGGCAUUGGGAUGCUUGGCAAUGGCCUGGGCCACCCUUGUUUUGAUCUUCUAGAAUCCAGAGACAGAGAGGCUUAUAUUGUUGUGAUAUUCUUGUUUUUUUUUUUUUUUCCUUUUCUUCUUUUUGUUCUUUGCGUUAUGGUCACGGGUUCACAUUUAAUUUAUUAUUAUUGUUUCUCCAGACCUGGUUAUUCUAUCAUAUUAAUAUUAUUGUUAUCACUAGUGUUCGUAUCAUUCUUGUUUUGCCUUGGAGGAACCUGCGGAAUUGAUAUGGCAUUCUCAAA